GCGGGUGUGCAAAGCAGCAGAUUAUGAGACCAUUUGCGGGAGACUGGGAGACUUGUGAAGUGCGUGUGGGAGAGGUGGAAGCGGACUCGAAGAAGGUGUUGAGGUGAUGUAUCAAUGGGUGAGGUGCAGCGAGUAAAUAAACAAGGCAGCGCAAACACGCGGAAGGAGCAGCCCUGGAAGCUGGCGGGCGCCAAAUUAUCAGCCCGCAACGGGGCGCCACAACGUCAGCAGCGUGCCACAAGUGCGACGACGGCUCGUAGUGUGUUUGUUGUACUGUGUAUACUGUGUAGAUAGAGAGUCCGAGUCCAGAGAUAUGAUAACUCUGCGUCGUCGCGUUUGGUGUGGGACUCGGACUCGGACGCGAGAGCUUUUGGGCCAAACAAAACCACCCGGCAGGACCCCGCGCCUCAGCACCUCACCUUGUCCGCAUUUGGAAAUUUGUAUCUUCAAAAUCUUCUUCAACACCUCGAACAAAGAUGGCGACACAACAACUCCAGGGCGCCGUGCCCUUCUCCAUCGCCCACGAGCUUCAGCAAUUCCGACUGCUGGAGCUGCCGCAGGACUUGGUUGAGCUCCUCGACGCUCCCAACCCGCCCAUGUACGCUCCCCUCCGCUUUCCCCUCCGACGCUCACAGCUCCCGAACAAUAGCCAGAAGCCCGCAUAUGCCGUGCUCUGCACCCCCCACAAAACCUUCCAGUUGCGCCAGGUCCAGACGUCGAAUUCGCUGUUUGUCACACGCCCCACCGACGAGGCCCAUGGCAACCAAGAGAGUCCCGUCCCCACGACGCGCGCCGUCGCCUCCUGCGCUGCAACCCUCGAGCUGCAUCCCUCCGAUGCCUCUCCGAUAGCCCUUCUCCAGCAGACCCUCCCCUUCUACGACGCCGUCGAUGGCGACGUCUACGCCUCUGCCAACCGCCGGCGCAAAGCAGACAUCUUCCCCCAUCUGCCCUUCUCCGAUGCCGAGUGCGAGCACGCCUGGCGAACCGUCAUGGCUUUUGAGCAUCAUGGGAGUUCCUAUCGGCCUUCGGCGAGCACCCUGGCGCAGCUCUGGAAGUCUGUCAACGCCGCUGCACUGGCUGAAGGUGUCAAACUGGACGGCCAAUUCCUGACCAGAGACGUUGUAGACCCGGUCGCUGAGGAGGGCCAUCCGGAAUCGCUCGUCAGGGCCGUCCUUCACUACCUUGCGGCCGAUGAGCAUGACCAUGACCCCGUGUGGUCUUGUCUUGAUCGUGCCAAAACCGUGCAGUUCGUAGCCAAGACGCUUCUGGAUGCGAAACGCGACGGCCCAGACUACCUCACGGCCGACUUCCUCGACGCCUGGAAGGAUGCCCUCCCUGAGGCAUGGCGUGCUCUCGCCGAACUCACUGCCAUUGACGGUGUCUACGAGUUGCCUUCCUCCACGACGAUCCGCUUGAAGGGAUUAGGAGUCGCAGCCACCCAGUCCGAAACUCCAGCAGCGAAACCCUCUGCGCGCAAAUGGCACGAUAAGUUCGGGCGGUCACGGAAACGCUAA